CGCUACAAGUUAGCGCCCAUUACCGUCGGGCAAUGGCAAGGCCAAGCCACAGUGAGCAUGUCCUGCAGCAGCUCAACAACCAAAGGGAGUGGGGUUUCCUCUGUGACUGCUGCAUUGCUAUAGGGGAUAUUUAUUUCAGGGCCCACAAGGCCGUGCUGGCAGCCUGCAGCUCUUACUUCAGAAUGAUGUUCAUCCGGGAUCAGCAGGGGACGGCACGUUUUGAUCUCAGCAACAUGCAGAUCAGCGCAGAGUGCUUCGAUCUCAUCCUGCAGCUCAUGUACCUUGGCCGAAUCGUCGUGGAUCACUAUGAAUUUGAAGAGCUGAAAUCAUCUAUGGCCUACCUACAAAUGUACUACAUCCCCGACUCACUUGAGGACCUCAGAGAUAUCCGAACAUCCAAUCUGACACCCUCGUCUUCUGCAUCGUCCUCUUCAUCAUCCAGCUCCUCAUCCAGUGUGGUGGGAAGCAAGAUGAUGUUCGGCGUUCGAAUGUUUGAGCAGCAGCGACCAAGCCCUUCUGAGAAUGAAUGCGCACCAAAAGCCUCAACCACAACUGCUCGUCAGACCAUUAAUAUCUCAACUGUCAGGCCUGCUGAAGAUGUGGUCAUACCACACCCUCCGCCACAAUCGGAGACUGUUGUAGACCAACCAUGUGACUUAAGGAAGAGAACAUUAGGCCGAAGCUCUGCCAUGAAAGAACGUCCUCGAUUUGGCCGUACAUACACUUGCGACGAUUGCGGUUUUGUGUUCAGCUGUGAAAAGCUUCUAAUUGAACACAUCCUCACAUGCACCAAUCGCAAAGCUUUUCAGACCACAUGA